AUGCCAAAAAAAGUGUGGUCAAGUGAAGAUGAUCAAAAAUUAAUAAAUUUAGUUAAUGAAUAUAUAAAAUCAUCACACCGUAUAAGAUGGAAAAUAAUAGGAAAUAAAAUAAAUAAACCCCCUAGUAGUUGUUUCUCCCGUUAUACUAGAUGCCUUUCUCCCAAUGUUAGUGGAAGAAAUUCGAAAUGGACACAGGAUGAAGAUUUAAUUAUCAAUAACCUGCGCCAAGAAAAAAAAUCGUGGACAGAAAUUAAAAGAUUUUUACCAGGUAGAUCAGAUCUUGCUAUAUUUAAUAGAUGGAGAUCUAAUUCAAAGAAAACUGGCUGUAAGAAACCACCAAUUGAAAUAUUGAUCCAAAAAAAUCAAUUUGCUACACCAUCCCAAUUACAAAUACAAUCCAAUCCCUCACCACCAUCAGAAAAAUCUGCAUUCUUUUUUAUUAAUUAUAAAUCAUCCAAAAUUACUAUAAAUGAUUCACCAUUUAAUGAUGAAAUAGAUUUUUUCGAAAGUGAUGGUGAAGAUGAUGAUGAUGAUUAUUUAAACUAUCGAAUGGAUAUUUCUUUUAUAACUAAUAACAAUUAA